AUGGAUUAUCUAGAAUUUGGAGGAUAAGAAUGGUCGCAACCAAUGUAAGCGGAUAUGCUAUGUAGCAACAAUACCAAGCAAAGCUAGUUACUAUAAGGAAAUCUUUAGGUAAUGAAGAAUGGGUGCGAAAUAAAUGAUAAUUAGUCAUGGACCACUGACACUUCAAUUCCUUCUUAGGAUAUUGACUAUCCGUCAAUAUCUUACCAAAAUAAUAAGCUUUCACCCAUACAUAGCCCACAAUAUUCAUAAAAUAGCACUCAUUUAUUUAAGGCGAAUUCAUUAGAAAACAGCGUUGAAAAUAGUUACUUCAAAGAUAGUAUCUCUUCUCCAUCUUUCUAGCCUAGCUAUUUAUCUAUGUCUUAAAGUUAUCACUAAUCAGCAGGAUAGUAGAAAUAAAUACCUUCUUCUAGUUUUAGAAAGCAAUAACCUUAGAGUUAAGAUCAAUCUAUCUAAUUAGCAAACCCUUUUAGCAGAAAAUUAUAGUCUUCAUCUUUGGCUCAUUAAAUAGAAGGUAUAGAAAGUAAAUAGGCAAAAAAGACUGACUAUAUCACUGAUAGAUAUAUUCCAAGCAGAAAAUAAUCUAAAUUAAAUACUUACUAAGCUUACGAGUGUAAUGAAAACUAUAAUUAUUAUGAAAACCAAUUUACCACUGAUAGUCCCCGUGGAUCUAGCACAAACAGUGUAUUUGUAAAAAAUGCAGUUGACAAGGAGGAAAUAAACUAAAUCAGUAUUUCUCAAUUAUAUAAAAACUAUGUUUUGGGUAUCAAAGAUAAAAGAAUGCUGAAUCUUUCUUUAAGUUCUGCUCAUGCGUUUUGUCCCUAUAAAAACUAGAACGUAUUGCGUUUCACCAAACCAAAUAUAUUAAAGAAUAGUAUGCAAAUAGGUAUUGAAGCUAAUCAGCAAAAAAGUAUAUUGCAGUCAUCAAGUGCUUACCCAAAUUAGCUAUUCCUGAACUUAGAAGAAGAAUAGUGUUGCUCCCAUUUGCGCUUUUCCCGUAAAAUAUCAAAAGUACCAUUUAAAGUUCUAGAUGCUCCAGCUCUAUAAGAUGAUUUCUACCUAAAUUUAAUUGAUUGGUCAAGUUAAAAUAUUCUUGCAGUCGGUUUAUCAUCAUGCGUUUACUUAUGGAGUGCAUGUUCUUCAAGAGUAACCAAGCUUUGUGAUUUUGGAAGAACAAACGAAGUAACGUCAGUUAAUUGGUCACCAAGAAGCUCCCUCAUUUCAAUUGGUACUAACACUGGAGAAGUAGAAAUAUGGGAUUCUGUAAAACUAGAAAAAGUGAGAGUUAUGAAAGGACAUUCAUAAAGAGUUGGAACUCUUGCAUGGAAUACAAACAUUUUAACUAGUGGUUCUAGAGAUAAAACUAUAUUGCAAAGAGAUUUACGUACUAAAAAUUUAUAUGAAUAGAAGUUGAUAGGCCAUAAAUAAGAAGUAUGUGGAUUAAAAUGGUCUUUUGAUGAAUAGUAACUUGCUUCAGGAGGAAACGAUAAUAAGUUAUUUGUAUGGAAUAUGCAUUCAAACAAACCUAUUACUAAAUUUGGUAAUCAUAAUGCAGCAGUAAAAGCUCUUGCCUGGUCACCUCAUUAACAUGGAUUGUUAGUUUCUGGAGGAGGAACACAAGAUAGAACCAUCAGAUUUUGGAAUACUCUUACAAGUAGACAACUAGAAUGUAUUGAAACAGGAAGUUAAGUUUGUAACUUGAUCUUUAGUAAAAAUGUAAAUGAGCUAGUUAGCACUCAUGGAUAUAGCUAAAACUAAAUAAUUAUAUGGAGUUAUCCAGAAAUGGAAAAGCUAAUUACUUUAACAGGUCAUUCAUGCAGAGUUCUUUAUUUAGCUAUGAGCCCAGAUGGAUAAACUAUUGUCACAGGUGCUGGUGAUGAAACCUUAAGGUUUUGGAAUGUCUUUCCCAGUAACAAGGAAAAAUAAAUAGAUGAUUCUACUUCGACUUUACUAUCUAAAAAUCAUGCACUAAGAUGA